AUGUCGUCUAGCGACGAUUCCUGGGACAAUAGUGCUGAUUCCAACUCUGAGUGGGACCUCACAUCUGAUGACAGCAACUCUAGCGACGUAGCCGACGGUGAGGAGGCCGAGUUCAAUGACAUCGAUGGGCUGCUCCCUGAGGGGGGAGAGGUGGGCACAUAUGUCGAGCUCGAUGGAGCCGAAAGUGACCAUGAUCGCAAUUUUUACGGCGAUCAUUCCGAUUCUGAUACAAGCCCUGACAGACAUCAUAUACGCUAUGAAAACCGGAUCAUGGCUCAUGAAGACUUCACUGAUGCUAACCAAGACGAUUCCCAUCUUUUUCUAUCGUCUGUUGAUGAAAUCAGUGGGGAUCAGCUCCAGCCGGGGCGCAGAGGCUUCAAUAACGCCGAUUACGAAACGCGUAAUAGGCUACCAGCAUCUUCGGAGCUUGACGUAAUGAGGCAGAUCCGAGCUCUUGAACAUAGGAUCCAGCGUGAUGUUUCACCAGGGAUCCAACCAAUAUCCACAGAAAGUGACGAUGAGGACUGGUUUUACAACUGCAUCCACGCUGUUCUCCCGGCCGGACUAUCCUCAACACCCAAGUAUACACCUCUGCCGACGGUUUCGUCUAUUCGUGUCAUCUCUCUUCAUGCAGGCCGGCAGGAUGACGUUCUCUCAGCUACGUUGGACGUAUUGGACCUUGAUAAUCCCAACAUCGAGUACGAGGCCAUCUCAUACCGCUGGGGCCCUCCAGCUCUCUCCAAACAGCCCAUCUUUCUAUCGGGACGAUUCUUGCACAUCAAUAACGAACUAAAAGAGAUUUUAAUUCGUCUUCGGCGAAGAAACUGCGCCAGAGUUGUGUGGGCUGACGCUCUCUGCAUCAACCAGGCCGACAUGUUGGAGCGGCGACAGCAAGUCUCAAAGAUGCAGCGGAUUUACUCGCAAGCCUCCAGGGUCAUCAUCUAUCUCCAAGGAGACAAUCUGCAUACAAAUUUGUGCUUUAAAGCUGUGAAAGAUCUCACUUCUGCGUGGAUUACGUUUCAUCAGACAAGAGAUGCUCAACACUCCCUCGACAGGAUACUCAAUGAGGUCGUUGGCCACUCCGAAAUGUCGAGGAUAGCACAGAUAUUUGAGAACUGUUACUGGACCCGCUUAUGGGUAGUGCAAGAAAUUGUCUCGUCGCGCCUCGCUAUUGUUCAUUGGAACGGCGAGGUCAUAUCUUGGACCCUUGUUGGGCUGGCUACAACGUUGAUCAGAAACAACAAGCGGCUAUGGAACAUGUUUACGUCUAUCAAAAGAUCAGGCAGUGCCAGAGCCGGUCUUAUGAACGCUUAUCUCAUGUAUCGGCUACCGUCAGCUCGGUUCAGGAGCAGUUCGAUGUCCUUUCUGGACCUGAUUCGUCUGACAAGGCGGUUCAAUGUCACUGAGCCUCUGGAUCGUAUAUACGCCAUUCUUGGCCUACCCAGUCAACAGACUGGACCAGAACGACAUUUCAUCACACCCGAUUAUCGGCUUUUGCGACAAGGGCUAUACACCCGAGUGUUCCACUGGGUCGUGACGACUCACGAGACCCCUCUGGAGAUCCUGUCUGCCGUCCGUCACACAACGUUGCUAUUUCCGGAUUUCCCCACAUGGAUACCUGAAUGGCACAUUGAUCCGAUUCGAAGCAUAGGGGCCUCGCACCGGAAGGGAAUGAAGUUUGAUGCUUCCGCUGGGUGGCCCUCGAAGCCCCUGCUACAUGUCUCGUGGAGGCUCGACCAACGGAGCUUGACGCUUGAGGGCUUUGUGCUCGGCACCAUCACAUCAUCUCAACAAAUAUUCUCAGAGGUGCUUUCCAUGAAUAAAAGAAAACGAGCCAGGCAACGAAAUCACUUCAAACAAGAGGUGGCAACGUAG